CCCGCCCGCCGCCACACGGGCGCGGGUCCCCGGCCACCCGCACCGGCCCCCGCGCUCCCGCCCUCCCCGGGGCCCUGCCCGGGAGGGGCCGGCGCUGCCGCCGCGCCUGCGCCCGGGGCCCGCGGGGCCGCCAUGGCGGUGCACUACUGCGAGCUCUGCCGCCGCUCCUCCUUCGCGGGCCGCCGGCACCUCUACAGCGCCGGGCACCGGCGGCGGCUGCAGGAGGCGCUGGCGCAGCUGCAGGAGGCGGUGGCGGCGGCGCGGGCGGCGGCGGCGGCGGCGGCGGGGGGGGAGGCGGCCCUGCGGCCCUACGACCCGGCGGAGCACGGCCGGCGCGUCUGGUGCCUGGUGUGCGGCCGCGGCGUGCGGCGGGACGGGCGGAGCGGCGGGAUGGCCCUGCCGCAGGCCGGCCUCCUCCGGCACCUGGCCGGGCCCGAGCACCGGCGGGAGGCGGCGCGGUUCUGGCGGGAGCAGCGGGCGGAGGCGGCGCUGCGGGAGCGGGUGCUGGUGCCGGCCGAGGAGUACGAGCGGUUCGCCCGGGGGCUGGAGCGGGCGCUGGCCGAGCACCGGCGGCGGGAGGAGGAGCGCAUCCAGCAGAUGGCGGCCGGCAUCCGGGAGGCCGAGCGCAGGCAGCGGGAGACGGUGCGGGACGCGCUGCAGACCGAGCCGCAGCCACUCCCUGUGCUGCUGCCGCAGCCAACGCCGCCAUCACCGGGGUCUGGCACUCGCUCAGAUCCUUCACAAACUUUUAUCCGGACUCCAGUAAGCACCCCCGCCCCAGAGCGAUCACUGCUGCGCGGUCGGAGGAACCCCCGCGAUGCGGAGCAGCCCGGCCCCAGCGGGACACAGACGGGACCUGACUUCAACUGGAUGGAAUCAGGCCAGGCUUUGACCUUCAUUGGCCACCAGGAAACGGAAGGGAAAGGAAACGUGCACACAGGAGCAAAACCUCCGUGGCUAAUGGAGGAAGAGGAGGAUGGAAGUAAACAACAAAUUGGACCUUCGUAUGAGGAGUUUCUCAAACAAAAGGAGAAGCAGAAGCUGAAAAAGCUGCCAGCAGAGCGCGUUGGCGCCAACUUUGACCAUACCUCUCAGACGGGCGAGAGCUGGCUGCCUUCCUUCGGGCGGGUCUGGAAUCACGGCAGGAGGUGGCAGUCCAGGCAUCAGUUUAGAACUGAAUCGGGGGAAAAGAAGAGAAAAAGGUGAUCAGAAGAGGAGGACCAAGGAGACCAAGCUCUGGCUGUUGUGAAAGGUGGACUAUAGGUAGCUGCAGCUGCGUCAGUGCUGCUGCCGCCGCCGCCAAGUUUCACGCUGUUAUUUAAUACACACACCUCGACGCGUUCGAUGCCCUGGAAGGCAGGGUGACGGCAGCACCGUCAGGGAAAGCUACUGCGGGGUUCUGGUGGCAGAUCCACCCCCCUGCACCCAACCCGGUGCGCGUUAGGGCACUGAUUUCCAAAGCCUUAAGCUCCACAAGCCAGCAAGAAGCCAGCCUUAUACGGCACGUGCUGACAUGUCCUACGCUGACAUGUAACAUGACGUCCAUUGAAGAAAUAAACUUUUGAGAAAUAAACCUUUUUCUUUUUUCCUUGUAAAGUUACCUGUGUUAGUACAGUAGACCAACCGAAACUCCUUUUGGAUGCAGGGACCACUCUGGGGGCAACCGAGGAGAGGCAGCUGAUGCUUUCAUUCCAAUUUAUACUACUUUUGUUCAUUCUGCCUCACCUAAAGGACAACUCAUUCGUCCUCAGUAAAAGAAAGGAGGCCUCAAAGACCGUUGCUGUGGCCGGUUCUUACCUUUAAUUUAAAUAAAAUACUUAUAGCUUUUUUUAGGAGCUGCUUAUCUGCACUUGCCCACUACACACUGACCUGACAGACGCUGUUGCCUUGCACACACAGGGAUCUGUGGGCACGGCUUGCUUAAAUAAAUAAUGAAAAUAUCCCACGAGCACCUUCCAGCCUUCAAUUUUCCUCCUAUUAUAACCGAGUAUAGUUUAACAUCACUGGCUGCUGUAGGUGAUGCAAAAGUUCCUCCUC